CAAGUUCCUUAUUUUGCUUGCUGCAGAAAAUACAUGUGUGCCAAAGCGCAUUCAAUUAUUCGAUUUAUUUGUAAUUUCACUCUUUUUCGCUCUCCUUUAAAAUUCAAAUUCAACCUCCAUCUAGCCCAUCUACUUGUUAUUCUUUAUUUUACAAUGAUUCUCUUGGAGCCCAACAGCUACGUUCUCGAGGAAACCCUCUACGCGCGGUUCACCAGCGAAAAGCCCGAAGUAGUGGACAUCACGCUAGUAGAUUUCGACAAUGUAAUCUACCGCGUGCAAACAUCCGCAACCGAGCGCAAUCUGCUCAACCUCUCGGUUGAGAUGAAGUACUUUGCCGAGGUAGAGCAAUACGGGGCCAACGAUAUUCUCCGAAAGGAAUACGGGGCGUAUGUGCAUACACCCGAAGCGGGCUCGCAGUGCCAGAUCGCUCUGCAGUUCAACCUGGAUUCGCUGCCGGAGGACAAGCGGGCGUUGGCCAAGCAUGUGUCGCUUUUGAAGCGGAAUGUCCUGGCGAGUCCGUUUCUGCGGGCAUUUGAGUUCUGGGAGUCCCAGCAGGAAGGAGCCGGGCCCUUGAUGGCCACGCAUUACCGCGAUGACGAGGCGAUUUAUGUACAGGCGCAGCAGGACCGUGUGACGGUUAUUUUCAGCACUCUGUUUAAGGAAGAGGUUGAUCGGGUGCUGGGCAAGGUUUUCCUGCAGGAGUUUGUGGAUGCGCGUCGUCAGGCGGCCAUCCAGAAUGCGCCCCAGGUGGUGUACUCUAGCCGCGAGGCGCCAAUGGAGAUCCGCCACUUGUCGGGGCUCAAGCAGGAUGAGAGCGUCGGGUAUGUUUCGUUUGUGCUGUUUCCGAGGCAUUUUGCCGACAGCGAGGUUAGGGAUAAGACGAUUUCGCAGAUCCAACUGUUCAGAGAUUACUUGCACUACCAUAUCAAAUGCGCCAAGGCGUAUAUGCACUCGAGGAUGAGGACCAGGGUGCAGGACUUUUUGAAGGUCAUCAAUAGGGCCAAGCCUGAGAGAGCCACACAGGGGCUGGAGAAGAGGACUGCUACCGGAAGGUACUUCCGCCCGCAGUUCCGCCAGUCUGCCUCGGCCUCGUCCCAGGCCGAGGGCGGAGACUGGUAGUGCGGAUAACUGGCCUUGGAGAUGGGAUGUGGGAUAUUAUCUAAAAUGCCUCUCUUUUUUUCCAUUCUCUUCUUCCUACUACAUUUAAUAACAGCGAAGUGGCAUCAUUUCUUCCUUUCCCCCUCUCCCUCUGUCUCCUCAAUGCCUGGUCGUGCGCGCAAAGAGGGCCAGAAGACGAUUGGGGCAAAUAUGUGCAGAAUUUGGCCUAUGCCUAUUUUUCCAUAUUCCAGCAGUGUUAACCACUUAUUCUCACAGGUUUGAACCCAUUUUCGAUUGGCCGUCCAAGUGAUUGGCGAGCUAAGCAAGCGGGUGAUAAUGACCUGUAUCAAAUUUACAAUUUACA